CAUUGGCCUACCUUGUCAGAAGUGAAGUACUGAGCUAAAUUAGAGCCAUUUCGAGGCAAAUUAAUAAAAAAUUGCAAAUAAUACGGACAAAACGACACGACAUGUGAUUUCAUCUUUUCAUGACACGGCCCACGGCCCCUGGGCUCUAAUGAGUAUGCGCAGUGGAGUAUCCAAAAUGGCGGCGAAAAAUUGUGAAAUCAUAUUUAACAGAACUAUCGAGUUAUUUCGACGAAAUUUAUGGCGAAAAUCAUCGCGUAAUGUGGUGUUUAUUAGAAAUUUGUCUACGCCUAAUGUAUUUGCAGCAAUGUCUCUGAAACAAAACCGAUUAAAAGAUGAAAAUAGCUCAAAUUCUGAGCAUAAUUUAACCACCCCUUUCGACACAUUUAUCAAUCGGAAUCCGAAAAACCCCGAGUACUUUGGCUAUAACAAGCAGCGGGGUUACUCUACACAGUACAAAAAGCGAAAUUUUUUCAAAAGGUAGGUCUGGAGCGAACUUCGAAGGCAAGCUAUAAAAUGCUGAGUCAGCAGUCUCGAUCAAAACCAGGGUCGUUGUAGCUAGCCCCAGAGUGAAGGGAUGAGGUCAAAUUGUCCGGGGGAAUGGUUCCCCCAGAAAAGGUUCUAUUUUUAGGGUUUCCAAAACACUAUUUCAUGCAUUUUAGAUGUGUUUUAUGAUCAUCUGAAGGCACAGAUUUGGUAUGAAAACAUUUAUAAGAGGUCCCCCCCCAGUUUCUCCUCAGUUUUGAGCAAAUACAAAAUUGGUCCUAAAGAAAAGUGGAAGGGGGUCCAGACCCCGAUUCCCCCCCCCACAGUGGCUAUGCCUCUAGUUGCUACAGAAGGAAUCCUGUGAUGUUACUUAUGAUCAACAACUGCAUGUUGCAGGAACUAAUACCAGACUUUGCUACAUUUUUGAGUAACUUCCAAACACUCAUUAAUAAUUCAUAAGCUUAUUGACAAAUCAUGUCAACCGUAAUAUGUCACGUGAAGAGGCUUUAUACCUGAUAAAACUCAUCUUCAUUAGUAUUCUUUACAUAAAAGUCUAUCCUAAUUAGUAUUCUUUAUAUAAAGAAUAUUAAUGAGACGGCAUGUAUUGUAGUCAUGUGUGAAGCCAUUCAAAACACUUGAAGUCUUGUUUUAUAUCUAAAAUGCUCAUGCUGCACACUCGCAUUUUAAAUUUGACAAACACUCCUAGGCAUGUUUUAAAUAGUAUGUAAUAUGGUAACUAGUUACUUUGUUGACAAGGUAACUUGUAACUAGUUACAAAAAUCAUGUAACUUUUACAACCUGACUAACACACCCUUAUUUCUCGCAUUGUGUUUUUUCCCAGGUUAAAUUUAGUGUUAACCAAUCGACACAUAAAAGCUUAUGUUGAAGACCAACAUGGGAAAAUUCUCGCCAAAGCUUCGACAGAAGAAUUUGACAUCCGAAAACACUUGUUCAAAGCAAAUGAUGUCUCGGCAGCCAUGAAUAUUGGCCACAUUAUCGCAGACAGAUGUCUACAUGCUGGACUAAACAGAGUUUCAAUGUACACUACAGAUAUACGCAAGAAAGAAAAGGUGAUCCACUUCGGAAAUGUUUAAAUAUUUAUAGGCCAGGACAAGAUUAAAUGACAAGUUUCAUAGUUAUUUUCCUGAUACCAGGCACUGCUUAGUAAUGAAAAUAAUUUUAAGUACUAUUUAAAACAUGAACUCGCAGGAGUUAUUUGUCUUACAUAUAGCACAAGCCGAAAGCCAAGUGUUUUAUACCGGGUAUAAGUGCUUAAUAAAUCCAUUUGAUAAAUUUAAUUUCUCUAGUUUCAAGAAUUCAGAAAAGCAGUGACUUCAAGAGGCAUAGAACUGACAGAACCAGCCAGAGUUAUACCACCUCAGACAUUUUAUACAGGUAGGCUCAUUCUGGAAAAUAUUGUUGCAAAUUAGUAUUAUCAGGGCAAUUGAUUUACUUUUAUAUUAUAGUUUGUUAUUAAUUAGUUUAUCUAAUUAAUUAAAUGAUAAUAUUUGUCUCUUGAUUCUAGGAAUUUCUGUCAAAAAGAAACGUAAAGGAAUUAUUGGAAUGAAAAUAAAUAACUCCACAAAAAGAAAAUUUACAUAAAGUCAUCUCUUGGAUUUAUUUAAGUGAACCAUUCCUGUAGAAGAUACUCAUUGAUGUCUUACAGUAUUUGUUUCACAACUAAACAAAGAAAUAAAACAAACUUUCCACACUCUUACUGUUUGUAUUUUCUAAUCUGUACAUAAAAGUUGCUAACUACAUUACUUAAACAACACGUUUGACUUCGAAGAAUCGUUUAAGGUAAUAUACUUGUCCAACUGUCAUCGCCACCAGGACCAGAGAUUCAAAGAAUGACCACCACACGACACGGCUGUUUGUGUUGUCAUUAACUGUAAAAAGAUUGAGAUAAUUGAUGACAAAGAACAAGGCUUAAAUUUUUUUAUUAAAAACAAUAGUUCGGAGUUUACUCCAUCAUCAG